AUGGUUGACAGCUUUAUAGACGUCGAACGUGUCACUGAACCGACGUUUAAGGUGCCCUUAGACGUUGUGUAUGCUGGCUGUAACAGGAAAGUUAAUCACUUAUUCAAUGAUGCCAUGGAGAAUGACACUCGAUUGAUCUCUAGUUUGAUGAUUGAGAAGUGCAAGGGAACGUUCACAAGAUUGAAGUCCUUGGUUGAUGUUGGAGGAGGCACAGGGACCAUGGCAAAGGCCAUUGCAAAAUCAUUCCCAAAAAUGCAAUGCAUUGUAUUAGAUCUCCCACAUGUUGUUGCAGGCUUGCAAGGUGCUGAAAACCUAAAAUAUGUUGGAGGGGACAUGUUUGAGGCUAUUCCUCCAGCUGAUUCCAUUCUGUUGAAGUGGAUAAUGCAUGAUUGGAGUGAUGAGGAAUGCAUGAAGAUAUUGAAGAAGUGCAAGGAAGCAAUCAGAAAGGAAGGCAAGAAAGGAAAGGUGAUCAUCAUAGAGACGGUGAUGGAUGAUGAAAAGAGAGAUGAUGAUGAUGAAUUUGUAGAAACCCAACUCUUGUUUGAUAUUUUAAUGAUGGGGUUCUUCGUCGAAUCCUCCCAUCAGACGUCUAAAUCGCUAGAGUGUAGUGGAAUGAAGAUGAUGUCAGACAGUAUUGUGAUAUCUGAGAAUUUGAUCCAAGAACUCAUCAAGAAGACCGUGGUGAUCUGUCUUUUAGGAGUUUCUUUGAAGGAGACAUGUAUUGAGCUUACUAUUUGA